AUGAAUUCGAGUACCCAUUACGAUGAUGUCUCCCAGAAAUCAUCAACAGUAAAUGAUCUGGCGGACGAUAACAAAAUUCCCGAGUACCAUGGCUUCGAUAAAGAGGUCUCUUCUGAGGUGCAAAAUUUGGCCCGCAUGAUGAGUAGACCAUCAAUAGAUAAGGCGUCGUCUUUGGCAAGGACAUUGAGCAACAUGUCUCAGGUUCCAGGGCUAAAUCCGAUGGCUAAAGAUGAAGGAGAAUUAGAUCCUAGAUUAGACCCUGAUUCUGAUAGUUUUGAUUCAAAAUUCUGGGUCAAAAAUCUCCGGAAAAUGCAUAAUUCAGAUCCUGCGUAUUACAAGCCUGCAUCAUUGGGGGUUGCAUAUAAAGACCUUAGAGCUUAUGGUAUUGCUACAGAUGCCGACUACCAAGCCAAUGUAGGUAACGUCGUUUACAAGACAAUUAGUCAAACGAUUAAAGGAUUUUUUGACAAAAAUAACGAUGACGCUAAAUUCGAUAUUUUGAAGCCAAUGGAUGGGCUAAUCAGACCCGGAGAAGUGACAGUGGUCUUAGGUAGACCGGGUGCUGGAUGUUCAACAUUCCUAAAGACAAUCUCAUCCAAUACCCACGGUUUUACCGUUGCUAAAGAUUCCGUUCUUUCAUAUGAUGGUUUAAAACCAAAUGAUAUUAUUAAACAUUUUAGGGGAGAUGUGGUGUACUGUGCUGAGACCGAAUCUCAUUUUCCUCAGUUGACGGUCGGUCAAACGUUAGAUUUUGCUGCAAAAUUGAGAACUCCACAAAAUAGACCAGAAGGUGUUUCAAGAGAGGAGUAUGCUGCCCAUAUGACCAAAGUAAUUAUGGCUACAUAUGGUUUAUCUCAUACUAGGAAUACGAAAGUUGGUAAUGACUUUAUUAGGGGUGUUUCUGGUGGUGAACGUAAGAGAGUUUCCAUAGCUGAAGUCGCAUUAUCGUUUGCAUCAUUACAAUGUUGGGAUAAUUCGACCAGAGGUUUAGAUUCUGCUACUGCCUUGGAAUUUAUUAAAGCAUUGAAGACCUCGGCAACUGUUUUGAACGCCACCCCAAUGAUCGCCAUCUAUCAAUGUUCUCAAGAUGCUUACGAUUUAUUUGAUAAGGUGAUUUUGUUAUACGAAGGUUACCAAAUUUUCUUCGGCGAUUGUAAACAAGCCAAACUAUAUUUCCUUGAAAUGGGAUAUGAUUGUCCGCAAAGACAGACUACUGCAGAUUUUUUAACAUCCUUGACAAAUCCAUCCGAACGUGUUGUCAGACCAGGCUAUGAAAAUAAGGUACCCAGGACACCAGAAGAGUUCUAUACCUAUUGGCAAAAUUCACCUGAAAGGAAGGCACUAUUGGGAGAAAUUGAUGACUAUUUGAAUAAGACUGAUAAUGAAGAGCGUCUCCAGCAAUUCAAGGAUGCACAUAAUACAAAACAGUCCAACCACCUUCGUCCUGCCUCACCUUAUACGGUUUCAUAUGGUUUGCAAGUUAAGUACAUAAUGGGUAGAAAUAUUAUGAGAACCAAGGGUGAUCCCUCCAUCACCUUAUUUAGUAUCUUCGGUAAUACAGUAAUGGGUCUUAUAAUAUCAUCCAUUUUCUAUAAUCUAGAUGAUACGACUGGCUCUUUCUACUAUAGAACAGUAGCUAUGUUCUUUGCUGUGUUAUUUAAUGCGUUCUCCUCGUUGUUAGAAAUUUUCGCCUUAUACGAAGCUAGACCAAUCGUUGAGAAGCAUAAGACUUAUGCCUUGUAUCAUCCUUCGGCAGACGCAUUUGCUUCAAUCAUAACAGAGUUACCACCUAAGUUACUUGUUUCUAUUUCAUUCAAUUUGGUGCUUUAUUUUAUGGUUAAUUUCCGCCGUAAUGCCGGUAACUUUUUCUUCUAUUUGUUGGUCAACUUCACGGCUACAUUAUCGAUGUCUCAUUUGUUCAGAACUAUUGGGUCCGCUACUAAAUCGUUAUCUCAAGCUAUGACUCCUGCGUCCGUGCUUUUGCUUGCAUUAACAAUCUUUACUGGUUUUGUUAUUCCUACGCCUGAAAUGCUUGGUUGGUGUCGUUGGAUUAAUUAUCUUGAUCCUAUCGGAUACGCAUUCGAAGCCUUGAUUGCAAACGAGUUCCAUGGACGUGACUUUGAUUGUUCACAGUUUGUUCCUUCUGGCCCAGGAUAUCCAACUUCCGGUAAUUCUAUAAUUUGUUCUGUUGUUGGUUCCCAACCUGGCUCCGACAUUGUUAACGGUGACGACUAUAUAAGGGGGUCGUAUGAAUAUUACUUUAGCCACAGAUGGAGAAACUGGGGUAUUGUUGUGGGGUUUGUUGUUUUCUUUUUGUUUGUUCAUAUCAUUAUUUGCGAGUAUAAUAAAGGUGCUAUGCAGAAAGGGGAAAUAUUAUUGUUUCAAAGAAGUGCCUUGAAGAAGAACAAAAGACAGAGAAAGGAUAUUGAAAGCGGUAACAUUGAAAAAGUGGGCCCCGAAUUUAAUAAUGAAAAGACACCCGAUAACGAAAUAGAUAAUAAAUUACCUUCCUCAGGAGAUAUUUUCCACUGGCGUGAAUUGACAUAUCAAGUUAAAAUAAAAUCUGAAGAUAGAGUGAUUUUGAAUAGCGUUGAUGGUUGGGUCAAGCCUGGUCAGGUUACUGCUUUGAUGGGUGCUUCUGGUGCUGGUAAAACCACUUUGUUAAAUGCAUUGUCUGACAGAUUAACGUCUGGUGUUAUUACAUCUGGGGUUCGUAUGGUCAAUGGUCAUGAAUUAGAUGCUUCUUUUCAACGAUCAAUUGGGUAUGUUCAACAACAAGAUCUCCAUCUUCAAACUUCGACUGUACGUGAAGCUUUGACAUUUUCCGCAUACUUAAGACAACCUAAAUCUGUACCAAAAUCAGAAAAAGAUUCAUAUGUUGAUUAUAUUAUUCGAUUAUUAGAAAUGGAAAAGUAUUCUGAUGCUGUCGUAGGGGUGUCUGGUGAAGGUUUAAAUGUUGAACAAAGAAAGAGAUUAACCAUUGGUGUCGAAUUGGUUGCCAAACCGAAAUUAUUGGUUUUUCUUGAUGAACCCACUUCUGGUUUAGACUCGCAGACAGCUUGGUCUAUUUGUAAGUUGAUCCGUAAAUUAGCAGAUCACGGACAAGCUAUUUUAUGUACUAUUCACCAACCAUCUGCUAUUUUAUUGAAAGAAUUUGACAGAUUAUUGUUUUUACAAAGGGGUGGUAAAACAGUCUAUUUUGGCGACCUUGGUGAUAACUGCCAAACAUUGAUUGAUUACUUUGAAAAGUACGGAGCACCAAAAUGUCCACCAGACGCUAAUCCAGCAGAAUGGAUGUUGGAAGUUAUCGGUGCUGCUCCCGGAAGUCAUGCUAGUCAAGACUAUUAUGAUGUCUGGAUGAAUUCUACUGAGUACAGGGAAGUAAAGGGGGAAUUGGAUGUCAUGGAACAAGAAUUAGUAAAGAAACCAAAGGAUGAUUCGCCUGAGAGUAUGAAAACAUUUGCAGUGCCUAUGUGGCAACAGUAUAUAAAUGUAACGCACAGAGUCCUUCAACAGUAUUGGAGAACACCUUCAUAUACUUAUUCAAAGGUAUUAAUGUCGAUUUUCUCGUCUUUGUUUAAUGGAUUCGCUUUCUUUAAAGCAAACAACACUAUGCAAGGAUUACAAAAUCAAAUGUUUUCUGUCUUCAUGUUUUUCGUUAUUUUCAAUACCCUAACCCAGCAAUAUUUACCAAACUAUGUUUCUCAGAGAGAUUUAUACGAAGCUAGAGAAAGACCAUCCAAAACCUUUUCCUGGGUUGCCUUCAUUACAGCUCAAAUCACUGCUGAGAUUCCAUGGCAGAUUCUUACAGGAACCCUUGCUUUCUUUUGUUGGUACUAUCCGAUUGGUCUUUAUGGUAAUGCUGAAGCUACUGAUACAGUAUCCCAAAGAGGUGCCUUAAUGUGGAUUAUAAUUGUCUUGUUCUUCAUAUAUUGUUCUACCAUGGCACAAUUAUGUAUCUCGUUUAUGGAGGUAGCCGAUAAUGCAGCAAAUUUGGCGUCCUUAUUAUUCACAAUGUGUUUAACCUUCUGUGGUAUUUUAGCAUCCCCAGACGCUAUGCCAGGCUUUUGGAUUUUCAUGUACAGAUGUAAUCCUUUCUCGUAUUUGGUAUCAGCAAUCUUAUCCGUUGCUCUUCAAGAUUCUAGUGUUACUUGUUCAGAUAAGGAGUUACUAAGAUUCGAACCAGAAGGUGGCCAAACCUGUGGUGAAUACAUGCAAUCAUACAUACAGAAUGCAGGUGGUUAUUUGAUUAGCAACGAUACUACAGGAAGUUGCGAGUAUUGUACCAUUUCUUCCACAAACGUAUUUUUAGAAAGCGUCAGUGUUGAUAAAACCAAGAGAAGCCGUGAUAUUGGAAUCUUCUUUUGUUUUAUCGUUAUCAAUAUGAUAGGUACAGUAUUUUUCUACUGGCUUGCUAGAGUACCAAAGCGCAGUAGACAAAAAUAA